GUUUCCAUGUUACAAAUUACGAAAGGACUCAUAAAUAUUCAUUUUUUUUAAAUUUAACACUUUCACGGGACGUCCUGUUUGAAGUGAAAGUCUAAAAUGAGAUUGUGGUGUGUAAUUUUAUAAAUUUAGCUGUAUUUCUUGUCUUUUAUCGUUUAUGUAACCUUUUUAAAUGGAAUGGCCCAGUGAAAUUCAAGACUUGGCUCUUCAUCAGUGAACGUGGACAAUAUUCAAAUGUUUGUUAAAAUGUUAUCGUAGUACCACAGGAAUUUAGCCCAAAUCAGCUUCAUUAUGACGGAUUUGAAAGCGUUAAGAGGAUGUAUUAUCUCAACGUUUAUUGUAGUGUAAUUUUGAGUGGAUUUUUACAAAUUUUUUACCAAAAUGAUGGCAACACGAAAGCCCAAAAUUGCUCCGUCAAAACAUUCUCAAAAGGAGCAGAAAACGUCGUCAUCUGAGGAGAUAGAAUUGAAAGACCAAGGUAGAAGCUACGAAGGAGAUAUGUUGUUAUUUCAGUGGUUUUUAGUUAUAAUAUAUUUAGCUGGGGAAAAAUAUUAUAUCAGUUAUGUAGUAUUUCAAUUAUUCAAUUAUUCACGUAUAAUAAUAUGUCACUUUUAAAAGGGUAUGAGGGGGCCGGAAAUCAAUACAUUAUAAAUUAGUCAAUACCCAAGAGUGCAAUAUCUAGAUAAUAGCACUCAAAAGUGUUGGGGCAUUGACAAAAAGGGCACUCCAGGGCAGAUCCAGACUAAAAUCUUACCGUGGCUCCUGGACUUGAACAACAGGGGUAUGCUCCCCCAGGAAAAUUUUGAACCUUGGAAAAGUCAUUUCCUGCAUUCUGAGCAUUGGAUUUUGUCCUAAAAUUUGCCCUCAACAAACUCGUAUUUCAGACAAAAAGUAACGAAAAACACAAAAAAUAAAUGUGGAGCGUGUGUCAAAAUAAAUUAAAAAUUUCCUGUCAUCUAGGGCCACAUCUUUGCACUUUAACUUUUAUGACCAAUCUUAUACUUCCUAAUAACCAGCAACCUUUAUCUAACUUCUAAAAUAGAGCACAUUUUAUAAUCCAAAAAGCUGUGCACUUUCAUGUGCACGUUCAAAAAAAUGAGGGGGGACCAACCCCAGUGCCCACUGCUUCGGCAGCCCUUGGAUAAUAGCCUUUGGUCUGGUUUCUAGUAGAUGACUUGCUUGUCUAUGCAGCGACAAGCCAGCUAGAUCAUGUAUCCUGAACAAAUACAUUCAGACCACUCCAAUACGGACACUGCUGGAACACAGCAAAGUGUUUGCAUUAGAUAGGUGUCUGUUUUACAGUGUUUUUUUCAAAAGAAAACAUACAAGAAUUUAUAUGUAUGUCAGAACAUUGGAAACUCUCUGUAUUGAGAGUGUCCGUAUUGAGAGGUUCGACUAUCUCCAUUGUUUACGCAUGAAUCAAUCUGACACAUCAGCCUGGCAAGCCACUGCAAGUCAACCUUUUAAGUGUUAUUGUGCCUAGAUGUGCCAUACUUCACUAUUCUACUCUGUUUAACGCCAGAUUAUUUUAUUUGUCAAGGAAAGUUAAGAGUGCUAACUCAAUGGGGUAAUUAGACUAUCUGCCCAUGUGUCAUGUCCAUACAUUGUCUAAAAAUUUUCAUGCUAAUGAAAAUUGGCAUAUUAAAGUUAUCAAGCUUUCAUUGGUAGGGAUCAACUGAAAGCUUGUUAUUAUUGGCAAUAUUUUAAUUUUGGGAUAGAUAAUAGAACCUCUACAUGUGUCUUGGAUGUCUCGUACUGGCACACUGACUGUUUAAUAUUAAAGUUAUGUCUUCCCAGAAGGCAAAAACGUGCCAGACUCGGGCUUACUGCCCUAUUAAAUACAAUAGAUUGCAGCUAAAUGGUUAAUUUAAUAUAGAAGUUAACCCAUUCACUCUUCUCUUGAUGAGUGAAAUUGUCUGGGGGUUGGACAGGGUAAAAUAAUAGACAAUGCAACUCAAUGGGUUAUAACUAGACACAUGCAUGGCCGGAUAGUCAGAUUAACAUGAGUGUCAGCUUUCUCCCCUUGACAAAUAAAUUGUCUGGUGUUAGACAGAGUAAAAUAAUAAAGUAAGGUACAAUAGGGUGCAAUGCGACUUAUUGGGUUAAUAGGUUAAUUAAUAAUUGAUGUGAUUUUCAGUACAGUAGAGAUUAUCCUUAAAUUUCAUUUUUGAAUCAGUCCAAAAACAUUCUCAUGUCAUUUUAUUCUCAGCAUGGACAGACACAGAGAGUCAGUCUGGCAGUGAACGUCUGAAAGGCAGCAUCAUUUCUGUGAGGGAGGCAGAAAACAGUAUCGACAACACAGAAUUUGGAGGGACCCCCGAACCCCCAACCACAUCUGACGUGAAUUCCACACACGAGACUUUUGUCAGUGAAAGUACGAGAAAUGGUUUUUCGCAGGAUGGCGAUGCAGAGUCCGAAACAACGUUGGAAAGUCAGAAGAAAUCAAAAAUAAAGAGAAACACAGUUUCUCCUGUUGAUGAGGAAAUCAGUGAAAGUGGUAGAGGAACCCCAGACAGUUUACCAUCUAAAGGUAUGGUGGGUAAUAGGGCUGUGCAUAGCAAGGGGGCAGCAAGGGCAACUGCCCCCCCCCCAAGAGAAAAUUUAACUUACUAAUUUUAUAAUGUUAUUAUAAAUUGUUAAGCCAAGUGGCAAUUAGAAUCUUGUGAAUCAAAAUUGUAUGGGACAGUCACAGGCAUAGAUCUAACUGAUAGUUUGAUUGGCUUUGAAUGCAUUGUCAUUUGGGUAGGCAGUUGCGAUAUAUCGAUAUUUUCGAUAAUUUUUCGCAUAUCGAAAAUAUCGAAAGUUGUAACUAAACAACUUAAUCUGCGAUUAUUCGGCAAUUAUUGUUUUCAUCGGUGAAGUUUAGACAACGUGUGUAUGGCGGCAAUUGCGAAUUUAUGAUACAAAUGCGUGGGCAAUUGAAAUUAAAAGCUGAGUUGGAGAUGACGGAUAAACCGUUGUUAUGUACCAUGACUGGUUUCAUGCACUUCUUUUUAACUGUUUGUGAUGCAUAUACAUGCAAGUUGACUAAAUUACGUUUUCUCAUUUGCAUAAUUCGAUAUAGUCGAUAUUAUCAAUAUUUUUUUUCGAUAUCGAUAUAUCGAUUUUUUUCAAUAUCGCAACUGCACAGGAAAUGGACAACUUGCAUGUUAGACUAAAUUUUAAUCUAAGUAAAGAGAAGGGAAUGAAACAGAACAGUUAAAAAGAAAAUAAUGAAAUUAGUAAAAUUGCAAAAUUUCGUUGCGAAAUGUUGUAAAAUACAGAAAAUAUAGCCUUGCGAAGUUUGCAUAUUUUCAGUAUAUUUGUAUUACGUGCGGAAAUUGUUACCAUUUUUGAGCCGAAAAUGGUAACAAUUUCCGCACUUACUACAAAUAUACUGAAAAUAUGCAAACUUCGCAAGGCUAUAUUUUACAACAUUUCGUAACCAAAUUUUGCAAUUUUACGUAUUUUAAUAAGUUCUUUACGGGAAUUUACUUUUUUUUUUCCUAAAUAAAAAAUUAGUCUAACAUGCAAGUUGUCUAUUAAUUUAAGCCCCGUUUACACUACGCUCAAUUUUUGUACGGCACGGAUAAAAUUGGUACCCGUACCACUUUUUUGGUUCUUGGACUACCUAUUUAGCUAAGCCCCGUUUACACUACGCUCAAUUUUUGGUACCGUACCACUUUUUGGUUCUUGGACUACCUAAAUAGGUAGUCCAAGAACCAAAAAAGUGGUACGGGUACCAAUUUUAUCCGUGCCGUACCAAAAAUUGAGCGUAGUGUAAACGGGGCUUUAAUGUCCUCUAAAGCCGAAAUUUUACAGUCUGGUAAUUUCAGCCGCUAAUCGAAAUGAUUUUGAAAAACCACAAUUAUGUUUCAUAACCUUAACGUUCAGGUGCUUGGGAAGACAAUGCGUUGGAGAGACCAUCUUCAGCACCAGUUCAAGACGGAGAUCGUGACAGCGCAAAAGGAAAAUUCAGACGACGUGUGACUGUUGGUCCCACACAGGAUAUCACGGAUCGACCUUGGAGUCCAUCAGCAAUACUGUAUGCGUGCUUUUUUUAAUCAUUAAUAUAGACCAGGGCGUAAUGAUAUAGACGCUAUCACGACAGUAAACUGGGUUUUAGCGUUUGGCAUAUCAGUAUUAAUUUUAAAGGUGAUCUACAGUCCGAUCUGCGCAUGUGCACAAAUGAGCCCACUUUUUAUGAUACAAACAGUUUAACUAUGUUUUGAGUUCUUGAAAAGCCUGAUUGUUGUUUCUUGAUCAUUUAUUACACUCUAGAAGCUUGAAAGUAUAAAUAGUUGUCGAAUAAAGCUCAAUAUUUUGGACACAAAAAUGUAAACAAAGGCUUUGUUUACAUACGGACUGUAGAUCACCUUUAAUAUUUUAUGAUUUAUAUAUGUGACCAUUUUUGCGUUCUGUUCAGUAACAAAGGAUACAUUGACGACAACAAGCCUGCGUCUGACAUUGACGGGAAAUCAGACAGUACCUCUGGUAGUCGUGUUUCGCUGUUGUUGAAGAAUCCAUUUUCUAAAAGUACCACUGUGAAACCAUUUAUACCAGAGCCUGAGGUACUGUAUCUUAAUCUAAAUUUAAUUUAUACAACGUGUUUAAUUUAUAUUAACUACUAUAUGUGUACCGGUUAAGAAAUUUUGCAUAUCCCCAAUAGUAAUCUUCAUUCAUUCAUUCAUAUAUAUGUGUUUUGUCAAUAUUCUAGAACGAGCUUGUUUCAAACAUUGAACCUGGUACAGUAGCUAUUGCUAAUGGAGACAAUCAUGGUGAGCAAUCGUUGGGUCCUCAAUGGAUGAUUUCAGCCAUAUACGGCAUAUAGACUAAAUUUUGAUCUAGACAAGAAAGACGAAAUCUAUCAUUAAUUCAUAGUUAUAGCUCAAAGUAGUAAAAUCAUUAGUAAAAUUGCCAAAUUUUGUUGCAAAAUAUUGUAAAGAAAGGAAAUUGUAGCCCUGUGAAAUUAACAAAUUUUGAGUGUUUUAGUAUUACGCGCGGGAAAAUGCGCCACUUUUGAGCCGAAAGUGGUACAUAUUUCCGCGCAUAAUACUAAAAUACUAAAAAUUUGCUCAGUAAUUUCACAGGGCUAUAUUGUCAGUUCGUAUUUUACAACAUUUCGCAACCAAACUUUGCAAUUUUACUAAUUUUAGGAUGCUCUUUUGAGCUAUAACGAUAUUGAUAGAUUUCGUCUUUUUUGUCCGCUAGAUAAAAAAAUUAGUCGAUAACUGGAAUCAUUGAUUGAGGAUGCAACCACCUCAAAUAUAAGAACAAACUGUUCGUCGAGGGAAAGUGCUGGCACUCAUUAGGUUAACCAGUUGUUCAAGCGAUUCCGGUGCAGCGCUCUAACCAACUGAGCUACAGAGAGACAAUUGUCGAGCUCUAUAGUCGGGAUAUAUCUCUUUGGUAAAAAUUGUUUCCGCGCAAGUUUAUAAUAGUUUGCACUGUCCAAAUUUUAUUUUUUUAUAAUUUCAUAAUGAACUCUUUCAUUUUCUGACUUUCACUCUCUCAAAUUCUCAUUAAUUUUACCGUUUUCUGACAGAUGAGAGGACAAUAUCUUCCGGCUCAAGUGGCGUGUUGGCCAUUCCAGCCUCGUCUGGAGAGCAGAGUGCGUAUAUUCCGUUGGCAUACGCCAAGGAUUGCUUGCAAAAGGUAUAGUGUAAUAUAUUGUAUAUUUCCCGUCUCUUCUUUUAUACGUCCAGCAUAGAGACAAGAGCAAUAGGUUUCCAUACAAUAUUAUACCAUGCUAAACUGUACCACAUCGAUCGUACCAUACCACGCUGUACCAUACUAUGCCACAUACCAUACCACACCAUACUUAACCACACUAUACCAUAUCAUAACAUAGGUUUUCAUACCAUGCACACCAUGCCAUGCCAUACUACAGUAUACCAUACCAUAUCAUACCAUACCAUACUAUACCAUACCAUAUCGCACCAUACCAUCCAUACUAUAUCACACCACGCCACCCCAUCCCAUACCCUAGGUAUCUACACCACAUCAUACUGUGCUUACUGAUAAUUUGUUUUAUACCACAUUACAGUAUACCAUACCAUAAUAUACCACAUCAUACCAUACCAUAUUAUACAGUACCAUAAGUUUUCAUAUUACACCAUGCCAUAUCAUACCAUAUAUCACAUACCAUACCAUACCAUACCAUACCAUACCAUACCAUACCAUAGGUUCCCACACCACACCAUACUGUACUAUGUAAUACCAUACCAUACCAUUACCAUACCAUACCAUACCAUACCAUACCAUACCAUAGGUUUCCACACCACACAUGCUGUACUAUGUAAUACCAUACCAUACCAUACCAUACCAUACCAUACCAUACCAUAGGUUUUCACACCAUACAUACCAUACCAUAGGUUUCCACACCACACAUGCUGUACUAUGUAAUACCAUACCAUACCAUACCAUUCCACACCAUACCAUACCAUACCAUAGGUUUCCACACCACACAUGCUGUACUAUGUAAUACCAUACCAUACCAUAGGUUUCCACACCAUACAUACCAUACCAUACCAUACCAUACCAUACCAUACCAUAGGUUUCCACACCACACAUGCUGUACUAUGUAAUACCAUACCAUACCAUACCAUACCAUACCAUACCAUACCAUAGGUUUUCACACCAUACAUACCAUACCAUAGGUUUCCACACCACACAUGCUGUACUAUGUAAUACCAUACCAUACCAUACCAUUCCACACCAUACCAUACCAUACCAUAGGUUUCCACACCACACAUGCUGUACUAUGUAAUACCAUACCAUACCAUAGGUUUCCACACCAUACAUACCAUACCAUACCAUACCAUACCAUACCAUACCAUAGGUUUCCACACCACACAUGCUGUACUAUGUAAUACCAUACCAUACCAUACCAUACCAUACCAUACCAUACCAUAGGUUUUCACACCAUACAUACCAUACCAUAGGUUUCCACACCACACAUGCUGUACUAUGUAAUACCAUACCAUACCAUACCAUUCCACACCAUACCAUACCAUACCAUAGGUUUCCACACCACACAUGCUGUACUAUGUAAUACCAUACCAUACCAUAGGUUUCCACACCAUACAUACCAUACCAUACCAUACCAUACCAUACCAUACCAUAGGUUUCCACACCACACAUGCUGUACUAUGUAAUACCAUACCAUACCAUACCAUACCAUACCAUACCAUAGGUUUCCACACCAUACAUACCAUACCAUACCAUACCAUACCAUACCGUACCAUAGCUUUUCAUGUCUACCAUGUCAUCAUGCCAUACUUCUCAUUUAUUAAACGCUACUUAGAACUUUGCCCUCACAAUUUCAAUGUGUAGGUUAUGGAUGACAUGAAAAGAAUGAAAGGUGUUCAUCUAAAGAUUGUUGGACAAAUUCAAGAUCAGUACAAGCUAAUAGAGGAAGACAGCCAGGGACAGUUUAAUCAAUUUGUGAUCUCAAUACGGGAUCAAUACCAAUCGAAAAUCUCGACAUUUCGUCAAGUUAUCGAAAUACAUCGAACUGAUUUGGAGAGUAAAGAGACUUUUUGGAAAAACAGUUACGAGGUGGGUCACUCGGGUGACUUUUAAUGUACACUAUUUAAAAAACGAGCAGGAGUGUUUUAUUAGGUUUAAACCUUUUUUUAUUAGGCUUUAGACCUAAUAAAACACGACCUGCGAGUUUUUUAAAUGGCUUCAAAAACGUUUGCAUAAUAAGUCAAAUCUGAAUAUGAAAAAUCUUUGUAUAAAAAUCUUUAUAUAAAAAUCUUUAUAUAAAAUUCUUUACAUGUAUAUAGUUUGCAUAACAAUGGUCUUUUGUUAAAGUGUUCUUUAGCUGGUAUAAACACGUAUGCACGUGACUAAUUUCUUACUCAAGAUUGGAUAAUUGCUUCAUGAAUUAUUAAUGAGUUUUUGAAGUUACUAUCCCAAAAUGUUUAUCCUUUCCAGUGUUGUAAAUAGGAAAUAAGGAAAUAGACAUUGAAGUUGAAUGUCCGUGGAUGGUUAAUCGGUUAUGCAACUACACAGAAAUUGUCCAACUCAAAUUAAAUAACAAAUACAACGCAGUUAUGUAAAUUAUACGACUUGCUUUGUAUAAUGUUGCUUAGGUACAUUUUGAUAGAUGUAGCAGUUCAAUCUUAUUAGCGUCUAAGUAAAACAUGAUCGUUCCAGAGCUACACCACUGCCGAGAAGUGUCCAUUUUAUAGAGUUUUAUGGUUAUGUUAUAUCACAUGCAGUAAUAUCAUCUUUUAGAGUUUAAAAGAGAAGAACAAGGCAUUACUUCAAGAGAAAAGACAACUUUUGUUAAAGAAUAAAGAAGAUUUUUCAAAAUUGGAAUCAGAAAGAGUGAGUAGUAGAAUUCGCUACCAAUUAAUGUAAGGAAAACAGGAAGUUCAAUUGCGUUUUCUUUAAACUGAUACCAUCAGCUUUGGAAUGCUUUACCUACAAUGCAAAAACGCCUAUCCUGUAACAAUGUUGUUGAAAACAGGCCUGAACAGUAUUUUGCUGCCCAUAUUGUCCCUGGUUGUUAACAAUAUUGUAUUGUUCAGCAUUGUUCACCUGAACAAUUGGUAACAAGUCAUUUCUUACGAGUCUAAGUCAAGUCACAAGUCGUUGAUCUGAUUAACAAAUCAAGUUACAAGUCACAAAAAUUCCGACUCGAAUCCAGGUCUCAUGACUCGAGUCUUUAACUGUGCCAUUCAUCGAUCAAUUUCCCUUUUUUACCAGAUUGUUAUUAUCAAGAAUCUCACGAACAUGUUAGAUAACAAACAUGCGAAAUAUGUUGAAGGUAUGCAUUUUGUGUGUGUUGCUACUCAGGUGAAUAUGAUAUUUGUUCCAUGCAGAAAUGUUUCUAUGCCUCUAUAUAUGUUUAUAUGCUUCUAUGAUUCUAUGCUUCCAUGCAUGUUUCUAUGCUUCUAUGAUUCUAUGUUUCCAUGAUUCUAUGCUUCUAUGAUUCUAUGCUUCUAUGCUUCUAUGCUUCUAUGUUUCCAUGCUUCUGUGAUUCUACGUGUCUAUGCUUUUAUGAUUCUAUGCUUCUAUGAUUCUAUGUUUCUAUGUUUCCAUGCUUCUGUGAUUCUACGUGUCUAUGCUUUUAUGAUUCUAUGCUUCUAUGAUUCUAUGCUUCUAUGUUUCCAUGCUUCUGUGAUUCUACGUGUCUAUGCUUUUAUGAUUCUAUGCUUCUAUGAUUUUAUGCUUCUAUGUUUCCAUGCUUCUGUGAUUCUACGUGUCUAUGCUUUUAUGAUUCUAUGCUUCUAUGAUUCUAUGUUUCUAUGUUUCUGUGUUUCCAUGCUCGAGGGUUGGAUUCCCACCGUGGUCAGGCAAACUUUUUAGUUUGCCCGGUGUGGAUGCACACUCAGAGUAACAUCACAAACAUCAUGUUCAAGGUAGACAAGAAGAUGUAAUUAAGAAGUAAAAAUUAAUAAUAAUUCAGGAAAAAUUACCAUACAUGUAUGUGUUCUCUUUAUAAUCCAGCUUAGCUCCCAGCUGCAAGCAUGAAUGAUAAUUAGCAACCCCCCCCCCCCUCCGCGCCAUACGUACUGUACAUAUUGUCAGACCAAGGUUUCAGAACUAUAUUGAACUCUAUUUUGUUAUGUAGUGAAGCGAGAGCUGAGCAAAAAGCAAAACAACAAUCGCGAGUUGGAAACAGAACUACUUCAGUUGCGUGAAGCUUGCGGCAACAAUGACACACAACACGUCGAGGAGAUGGCGAAAACGAGAUCAACUUUUGAAGAAGAAAUCAGCGGUCUCAAACAGAAACAAGAAGCAGAACUGGUGGGAAUGAGAUCUAAAGUGGAAGAGAUUGAAAAGGAAAAUGAAGAAUUGAAAACGGUAGUGGCAAAAGAGAAAGAUGAGGCGGACAAGAGGGAAAAUGAAGUGAAGGAAAAGAGCGGGAAGGAAUUUGAGACAUUGCAAGUGGAAUUGAAAAAACUGAAAGAAGAAAAUGAAAAUUUGAAGAUUGAACUGGAAAACACUCAAAAGUAAGCCUACGGAUCAGUUAGAUAACCCAGUAAAUUUAUUGGAAAUAUCCCCCUAUUUAAUCUUCGACGUAAUGAAAUAUGUUUCAAUGUUAAUAGGACUGAAGCAAGUCCAGCAAUCGAUUCAGAUUCACGUGUUUGCGAUUUACAACUAGUCAAGUUGAAAAUCACAAAUCGCAAAGUUUAUAUAUACUGGAUAGCUUUAUAGAAACAAAACUGUUUCUCCCAGAUGUUCAGUUGGGAUGUUCAGUAUUGUUUCAGUGUUACCAUAUACUGAAGGGAACCGCUGUACCUGCGGUGUUUGGUCGAGCAAAAUUGGAAGAACAAAAUUGGAUUUUUCAGGAAUUGAACCCCGGUCACACAGAUCAAAGACGCAUGCAUUAACUAGUCACUGUGCUGGCAAAAUCCCGUGAAUAAUGAACACUUUACAAUUUUUUAAAAAUAUGUAUUUUGUUUUCCAGACAAGCUGUGGCAGUUGCCACAAGUACUGUUGUCACCAAACAGGUUGGAGAAGAAAUCCAACAAUCUUCUGAGGAGAAAACAGAUAAAGAGAAGACCAUAGCAGGUUAGAUCUUUUUCACUUUACUUUCUACACAAUAGGGGUAGCGCAUUUGUCAGAGCAAGCUUUCACCUCUGAGAUCGUGCAUGGGAUUGAUUCUCGCUAUGGAUUCAUGACACUUAUGUGACAAGAGUCAGUCAACGUUAUACCGAAAGUCGUGGGUUUUGUUCGGGUACUCUGGUUUUCUUCUGCUGGGAAUGUUGACCAGAUGGAUUGGGAUAAGCCCCAAACUGACCCUUCCACCGUGAGUGUGCUCCAUGAUCAGACGUGAGUCAUAAGGUGGCAGCCAGAGGCGCCCUUAGAAAGCCUACGACUGGAUCAGGUUGAGCCGCGUCCUUCGCAAUUCAGCUUAGCUCUCAGCUGCAAGUAAGGAUGAUUAGCACACCCCACUUACUUACUUAACUCUUACUAACCUGAAAAAGGUGCAUGGUUGUGACAAAAACGACAGUUUAUUGUAGAAUAUUAUCGACACUGGACCUCUACAUUUGAAUGGAAUAAAAAACCUUUCCAGAGCAAUUUUUAAAUAUCGCGUAUUUGCGAUGAAAAGUGUUCAAAACCUAAAAUCUUUUUGGCAUUCCUUUCAAAAUUACUUUGUUUUAGCUUUAUUUUGUAGUAUUGUCAAUUUAAAUACAAUUAUAUCAUUGAUGCUGUAAAAUUAUACAGCAAUAUCAGCAAAACUUACUGAACUUCAGGCAUCAUUUUCUCUUUGGCGUACCAUCUAAAGCCUCUUCAUUUUAACAUUAUUUUACAGAUAAAGCACUACACAUACCUUUCAAGUUUGUUUGCCGCUUGAGAAACGUAUAAAAAAUUUAAAAAAAUUAAAUACAGUCAUAACUAAGUGGAAAGCAUGUCCAUUAGUUUUGAGCGCUUGUUACGGAACAUACAAGAGAUUCCCCUCUUAAAAGCACUGAAGGAAUUGGGAAUGCUGAAUUUCUUUUGACUUUCUUUUCAGCUAUCAAAAAUUGUGUAUUAAAUUUCUUUAGCUGUCGCUAUAUCUUCUGAAGAAGAAGCUCGUCUAAGGACAGAAAUACUCACCCAGAAAGAAAAGAUAAACAGUUUGGAAGAAGAUCUAGCUAAAAAGAAUGAAAAUCUUGCGGCAUUUGAAGAUAAUAUCAAAUCAUUGACAACAGACAAAGAAAGAUAUGAAGCCCAAUUGACUUCUGUUCGUCAG